GACUACGACAACCUAGAUUAGAAGGGGAUGAAUAUAUAUCGGUAGUGGAUGAAUUAAUGGAAGCUCUUCAUGCACGUUGGCCAAAGGCUAUUGUCCAGUUUGAAGACUUUCAAUUCAAGUGGGCUUUUGAAACUCUUGAAAGAUACCGGAAGAAGAUCUGCAUGUUCAAUGAUGACAUACAGGGAACUGCUGGUGUUGCAUUGGCUGGAUUACUUGGAACUGUUAGGGCACAAGGUCACCCUUUAUCAGACUUUGCAAACCAAAAAAUUGUCGUUGUUGGUGCUGGAAGUGCAGGGCUUGGUGUUCUUAAAGUGGCCUAUCAGGCGGCUGCAAGGAUGGCAGGAUCAGAAGCAAAACCUCAAUUUUUCCUACUUGAUAAAGACGUAUGAUUUUACGAAAAUGCCCUCGUCCAACUUACCAUCUUAUUCU